AUGAAACCACCGAGCAUUGACAUGUCAUCAACCACUAACAACAUCAACAGCAACAUCAGCAACACGAUCAGAUCACCUCCGGCAGCUUCUUCACCGACGAUACAGACACCUAGUUGUAUUGUAAAUAGUAGCAAUAACGUAUGUAGUGGCAUAAGCGGAACGGGCCCUGUUGCGGGAGGUGGAGCAGGGUCAAGCAGCAGCUGUAGCAGCACGACAACUCCGACACAUACCGCCAACGGAGGAGGAACAGGAGCCGUAUCAGCGACGGCAGGAACCGCCAACAACGGUAGCAGCAGUGCGGGCAAUAGUCCAAGCUGUUUCAUCAAGCCAUCGCUUUCGUUAAACUCAUUACCACCACAGGGACCUCCAGAAGGAUCGGAGAUGGCUCAACACAGGCUUCGUAUCGAUAGGCCUUAUAAUAGCUUAAAGAAAAAACGCGACACAGAGCGAGAACUGUGGCGAAGAUCAUGGGGCAGUGGACACAGUCAUAGCUCGUGCAGUUUGCAGAGCAGCACCACAAACACCGGGCUCGGCAAGGACGAUUUCUGGGCGGCCUUGCAGACAAACUACAACUUCAUAAUGGACACCAACCUGCUCGAUAGUUGCCGAGAGGCUCGUGGCGAGAUCGAGGGGCCCGUCUUUCGGGAUGACCUCGAGGAUGACGUCAACUGUUGUCGGAAGGCACUGUUUAAACCAGCACAAACGCACCGCUUCUAUGGCGAUCCGCGUUUGUUGCGACAAUGGAUCAAAGAGAUGGAGAACCGAGUGGCCAAAGUACCGUCGGUUACGGAAACCAAGAGACUGAGCAUCGAGCAGCUGCAGAAGCUGGCAGUAGAGCACGGGGUAAGUAGGAGACGGCUACUGGCGGGUUUUAUUUUCGUGUUUGCUAAGGUUACUCCAGCGCGCGAGUGCCUAGGGAAGGGGAAGUCUUGA